AUGCCGCCUAGAAAACGCAACUCCGGGAUGAUAAAAGGCAGCAACAACAAGCCGGAGCCGAAGCCRAGUGCUGACAGCCGCGCCUCUCCAGACAAGAGUCCAGACUUAUCUGAGGAAAAACACAGAGACAAGGAUGCUGAGUUCAUGACUUUAUGUAAGAGCCUUCAURUUACAGACCUGCUCUGUGAUCAUGCCUGGGAGCUGUGGAAAACCAUCCAGGAAUCCAUGGAUAAAGUGGAUGAGACUCAGCAGAAGCUUUGGGGAGCUUGUCUGUUUGUGACUGUAACAGACAAAGAUGUUGGCUGUUUUACUCUGACUCAAGUCCUGAAGGUGAUUAAAAUGAAUUUCAAGCAGUUCAUAGGUCUGGUGAGACGGUUGGACGUGAACUUGGACACCAUAAGCACCAAAGUGAACGCAGCGCUGACACGGCUGGAGAAGAAGUUCGACGUGAUGCUGGCUCUCUACCAGAGGUUUGAGAAAACUUGCAAGAAUAUCUUUGCUUUGACCCCUGAAGGGAAGGAGAGGGAGACCAUGCGGACCUGCUGGACAAUGUUUCUUUUGUCCAAAGGAAGAGCCUUGCAGAUGGAGGACGACCUGGUCAUAUCGUUCCAGCUGCUGCUUUGCACGCUUGAGUUGUUCAUCAAGCGCUGCUCUCCAGACCUGUUGCUGCCUCUUUACAGAUCAUCCAUCACCAGGGUUCAGAGYCCGCUGACACGAACGUCUCGCCGCAACCAGAGCAAAGCCAAAUCCCGAUCUGCAGAACCAGAGGUCGACGUGCAGCUUCUUGAAACUUUGUGCAAAGAGAACGAAUGCAAUGUUGAAGAGGUAAAGAACGUUUACCAGACCAGCUUCUUGGCCUUUCUGGACUCUCUGGACCUCUCCAGAUCCUCAGACCUUCCUCAGUUGACUGAUGUGGACCAGCAGUACGAAGAACACUACCUGAGGAGCAGAGAGGUUGAUGGACGCUUGUUUUUUGAUGGAGAUGAGACCGUUCUCRCUUCGAAAGCUGAGACGAUACAAGUGGAGCAAACGCCAACAAAGAAUCGGAAUGAUGAGGAGGAGGUGUUAAUUCCUCCUCAGACUCCAAUCAGAUCUGCCAUGACGUCCAUUCAGCAGCUGAGGGGAGAGCUCCCGUCCAGCGGGGACCAGCCUUCUACUAACCUGGCCACGUAUUUCAAAAACUGCACAGUGGACCCGACGCAGGCCGUGCAGAAGCGUGUGGAGAUGCUGGGACAGGUGUUCAGUCAGAAGUUUGGCGAGGCCGUUGGGCCAAGCUGUGUGGCUUAUGGUCGACAGAGAUUUGCUCUUGGUGUGAGACUUUAUUAUAAAGUCAUGGAGGCGAUGCUGAAUUCGGAAGAGAAGCGGCUGUCCGUACAAAAUUUUAGUAAACUCCUCAAUGACUCCACUUUCCACACAUCACUGCUGGCGUGUGCCUUGGAAGUUGUGAUGGCAACAUAUGAAGAGAGCAGCUUUAAAAAUGGAGGUUACAGCAACGGAGGGAGCGACUAUGCCGGAACAGACGUGUGUUUCCCCUGGAUUCUGAACGUCUUCGGCCUGGCCGCCUUCGACUUCUACAAAGUGAUCGAGAGCUUCAUCAAGGCUGAACCCUCGCUGAGCAAAGACAUCAUCAAACACCUGGAGACCUGCGAGAACCUCAUCAUGGAGAGGAUUGCUUGGAAGACGGGCUCCCCGCUGUUCGAGCUCCUGGAGCAGGAGAGUGGAGCAGCAGAGCAGGUGGAGGCCCCGGCCAGCUUCAGCCAGCCGCUGCAGCACAGCCACACAGCUGCUGACCUAUAUCUGUCACCGAUGAGGCCAGGCCAGCGCGUAUUGCCUCCUGAGUCUCCUGCCAYGCCCUCCUCUCAGCCCGCCCCCCAGCCCUCCUCCCAGGUUGUCAGUCAAACUCCACGGCAGGCAAAAUCCAACUCUCUGAGCCUCUUCUGUAAAAAAUUGUACCGUCUGGCCUAUACGAGGCUAAAGUCCCUCUGCUCCUACCUGCUGUCCUCCCACCCUGAGCUGGAGCCCAUAAUAUGGACUCUGUUCCAGCACACACUGCAGCACGAGUACGAGCUGAUGAGAGACCAUCACCUUGACCAGUUGAUGAUGUCAGCCAUGUACGCCAUAUGCAAAGUGAAGUGUGUCGACUUGCGUUUCAAGUCCAUUGUUUCAGCUUAUAAGAACAUGCCCAACACCAACCAAGAGACAUUUAAACAUGUGUUGAUCAAAGAAGGCCAGUAUGACUCCAUCAUUGUCUUCUACAACCAAGUGUUCAUGCAGAAACUAAAAACCAACAUCCUGCAGUACGCAUCUACCAGGCCGCCGCCGCUCUCUCCCAUCCCACAACUGCCUCGCAGCCCCUACAAGUUCCCCAACUCCCCCCUGCGUGUCCCUGGAAGCAACAACGUGUACAUCUCUCCUAUGAAGAGCUCGCGCAUGUCCCCGGGCAUGAUGACGCCUCGCUCUCGGAUGCUGGUUUCCAUCGGUGAAUCGUUUGGGCUGGCCAAUCGCUUCCAGAGGAUCAACCAGAUGGUCAACAGCAGCGAGCGCGCCCACAAGAGGACUCUAGAUUUCGGCCCGACUCCGAAGCCUCUGAAGAGGCUCCGAUUCGACGUGGAUGGGCAGGAUGAAGCCGACGGCAGCAAACCUGGAGGAGAUUCUACACUGAUACAGAAGCUCACAGAGAUGAGCUCCACUCGGAGUCGCAUGCAAGAGCAGAAGAUGAAGGAAGACGCCGAAUCGAGGAAGGAGUGAUCUUUAAACCCAACAAGACUGACCUGCACUAUUUGUCACAUCGUGAACGACACUGUUCACGAGUUUCUCUGUACAUUUACUCCUCUUUUAGUUUGUAUUUAAUGUUAACAUCUGGGAUGUAGGAUUGUAGAAGAUUUUCCUUCUUUUGUGUUUGUUUUUAUUAAAAAGUGACUUUUUAAGUUUGGCAUUUUCAAGAGGAAAUAAGUUUUGUUGUAGAAGAGUUCUUGAUUGUUUUAACCAUAAUUUCACCCUCAUUGAUCUUUUCAGUGUACCCACACACUACGCUGGUUUUCCAAAGUUUAUGAAAAAACAUUUUUUGAUGUUAAAUCAUGAGUCCGUUAAAGAAAAUGUAAAUAUUUGCUUCAAGUGAAAAUCAGCAGUGGAUUCUUUUUCUCAGCAGUUUUAACCCUCUAGAGGCUUUGUUUGUGUUAAAAAGAAGAAAAAAAAACUUAUUUAAAUUUCACUCAGCCAUAAUGAACGAGUCAAAGAAUCAAGAAGCAGGAAGUUUGUUUGUUUGUUUGUUUGUUUGUAUGUUUGUUUGUUUGUUUUGGCAAUAUUUGUGGUUUUUAUAGUAGUUUUUGGUUUUUACUUUUGGGUGAAGAAAAAAUAAAACAAAAAAACUGUCUAAACUAAGAUGUUUUUAUCUUAAUUUUUCAACACUUGUGGAUUUUUUAUAGAAUUAAUCACAAUAAAAUACACCCAAUAAAGCA